AUGAUGAUGACGAGUGCGAGCUGUGGUCCUACUUCACUUGCCCAUCUCUACAAACGACUUUUAUCGACUGUUGCGGUCCAUGGGAGGAGAGAUGUAGCCAGUGGGAGGCUCUGGCCAGGUGCUAAUAGGCACUAUUCAUUGAGCGCACCUUCGAUCGAUUUGCGACUUCCAUCCUGGCUUUCAUUCUCUGCUAUUACCGCCGCUGCGAGCUCCAUUACGAUUCCGCGACCCAAGGCAGUCGACAGGCCAAAGCACAAGCCUGACUUGGACUCGACCAUAUACCAACUCAUGAGCUCUCCUGUGCUCUUCGAUCCCAUUCGAAAACCACGAAACAAGAUUGUUCUCUGCCAUGGUCUGUAUGGCUUUGAUGUACGAGGACCCGCCUCUUUUCCUAAGCUCCAGCUCCACUAUUGGUCCAAAGUUCUCGAAAUCCUUCGGGGAAAGGUCGGAGCAGAGGUUGAAGUGACUGGUGUACCUGGAACUGGCUCGAUUGAAUCGCGCGCCACAAGACUCCAUGAGUCCCUCUCCACUCGCAUGCCCAAUCAGCCAAUCAACUUUAUUGCUCACUCCAUGGGCGGUCUAGACUGUCGGUACCUUAUCUCCAGGAUACGUCCAACCGAAUACGCGCCUCAAAGUCUGACGACCGUGUCGACCCCACAUCGAGGAAGCAGCUUCAUGGACUGGUGCAGCGCAAACAUCGGCGUUGGGGAAUUUAGCGCCCUCGAAGACGGCAUACUCCCCUACUCGCUCAAGGAACCCCUCUUGUCCCGCCCCCGUACCGCCCGAGAGACCGAAACGGCCAAAACAAUCCUGGGCCUGAUCACGUCCUUGCCCCAGAACCUGACGACCAUGCUCCUGGCCCUACUCGAUUCCCCAGCAUACGCAAACCUCACCACAUCGUUCCUCCACAACACCUUUAAUCCGAAUACACCCGACGUCGAGGGGGUCAAGUACUACUCGGUCGGCGCGCGCGCCCGGGACGACAUGUCCGUCUUCCACCCGCUCUGGCUCCCCAAGACCAUCCUCGACGCAGCCGAAGCCGAGAACCUGGGCAAGACACCCGAGUGGGGCAGCGAGUUCCAGGAUAUCGACGGCUGGGCCGGUGUCAAGCGACGAUGGAGAGGGCACGACGGGUUGGUCUCUGUCGCCUCGGCCCGAUGGGGCGAGUUCCUGGGUGUGAUCGAGGGAGCGGACCACUGGGAACUACGAGGCUCGUCGGGAGUUUCGCCGGUUUCGUCGCAUGCCCCGACGGCACCCGGUACGUCACCCGAUACAUCCAGCACCAACGGAUGGUCCGAGUGGGCCAAAUCGUUCUCGCUCUGGCAGGCUGCUCGGUCCACCGAUGCGUCCAACGGCGGGGACGAACAGCGCGCCAAGGCGACUGCAGCCUUGGACUGGGUCGUCAACGCCGUCUCGUCGUCGCAUGCCGCCAACCCCGGAGGAGAACACGACCCCGCGCGUAUCAAGCGACGAUCAGAGGACGGUGUGCCCGUGUUCGAGCUGGAGCGGUUCUACGUCGCACUGUGCAAGAAACUCUACGACGACGGGCUGUGA